AUGCAGCUUGGGGAGCUGUGGUUGGACCUCCUGAUUCACUUCUCCGACUUGUGCAUCGGCGGCACCUUCGUCGUCGUGUUCCUGAAGCUGCGAAAAAGCAGAUCAGCAGCCGGAUUGUCCUUGCAGACCCUGGCGACUGUCGUUGGCGCGAGGGUCCUCCACUUGCUGAGCCACUACAUUGGGCUCCACUAUCGCCCGAAUGUGCUUCCGUGGCUGCUAUACCCGGCCAUUGAUGUGGCAAGCGCUUGCAUAGGCUGCGCUUUGCUUGGAUCCUUCCUCUUCUACUACUACCCAAGCUACGAGAAGGAGAAGGACAACUUCGGCAUACACAUCUUCGAGCGGUUUGAUCUUCUGCCGAAGAACAGCCCGCUGAAGACCAGUCCCGUGGUAGCGGCAAGCUUCCUCUAUGCCGUUGUGGCGGUUCUGGCAUUGAUGUGGUAUUUCGUGCGAAGAUCCCAGCACGGCUUCUGGGUCAGCUAUUUUUGUUGCUACUAUGAGGCUAUGGGUGCAGUAGCGCUGAUACCGCAGCUGUGGAUGUUCCACCAGGACAAGCGGGUUUCGCCCCUGCUGUCUUACUUUGUGGUGCUCACGGCCCUGAACCGCUUCUUCACGCUUUGCUUUUGGAUUUGCUACCCGCGCGUCUUCCUCUGGCGGUAUCCCGACAACCGCGGAGUUCAGAUGGCGUCAGAGACGAUGAACAUCCUGAUCCUCUCGGACUUCCUCUUCUACUGGGCCCGCUCCAAGCUUCGAGGUGAUUCCGAAGUGAUCAUAGGUGAUGGAGCGCAGAUGGUGUGA